AUGAAUGCCUCUGUUUCCAUCAUUCCCUCCUCCUCCUCUACCUCCUCCUCCUGCUGCACCAGCACCCUCCUCCGCCGCCGCAGCCGCAUAUUUAAAACUACCUCACCUGCUAAUAAAUCUAUUUUCACCUCCAACUCCAACUCCAACUCCCAUUUUACUACUGCCUCGUCCUCCCCCCAUUACCACCGCCCUUUUUUACUGCGAGUAACAAAUGAUUCAAGUGGAAGCAGUGAAUCUGAGAGAAGAGAGGCAGUAGAUAGGAUUGUGGAUGGGAUCGAGUUUGGGGAGCUGUGCAAUGAGUUUGAGUGCAUCAGUAGCCCCUCCAUCGAGUCUACCGCUCGACAGCUUGUACGUGACAUCCUUGAGCUCAGGGAAGGCAAUCGCGCCCUCGGAACCUUUGCUGUUUCUGUUCAAUACAAGGACCCAGUUAGAAGUUUUAGUGGUCGUGACAAAUACAAGAGACCACUAUGGAUCACCACUGCCCUCCACAAACCCUCUGCGAGUGUGCAAGAGAUGAGCAUGUUAUCCACCAGUGUCCUAAGUAUCAAGUGGACUGUCAAAGGGAAGCCCAAGAACAUUGUUGGUGCUGUAGCCUCGGAUUUGAUCAUCCGAAUUAAUUCCCAAUUCACUCUAAACCAGAUAAGUGGGCAAGUUAUUGAGCAUAAAGAGUUUUGGGAUUUAUCGGCUUCCUCUGCCAUUGGCAAGGCAUAUUUCUGGACCUCGCGUCGUCUCUUCGCUACCAUUGAGGGUGGAAAAGACUUGGCUGAUCUUGUCAAAACCAUUUCCAACCAGUUUCCCAGAGAAAAACAGAAUAUGGAGAUUUAUCCUGACCCUUCUGGUGACCCAACUAAGUUCUUUCAAAGGGAUGACGGUUUCCAAAGAGAUGUAUACCAAAUUGCUCUGUUUCUGGCACUCGUCUAUUUUGUUGUACAGCUUUUGAGGACAACCUUGUAA